AUGCCACAGGUCGACAACGAAGUAAAGGGGCGACUGGCGCUCAUCACUGGCGCCUCUGGAGGUAUCGGAGGAGCUUGUGCUCGAGAACUGUUCGCGCAGGGGAUAUCUCUUGCGCUGACUUACUCGAAGAGCAAGGAUGCUAUAGACAAACUGGUAUGGGAGCUCGAGAAGACGCCCUCAUGGGCAGAGUGCAAAGUGUCUGUUCACCAGGCGGACAUGGCCUCCCAGGACGACAUCCAGCGCAUAUUUGUCGAGAUCAAGAAAGAGCACGGCAAAGCCGGGCCUGACAUCCUCGUCUCCAACGCGGGCUUUGGCAAGCGGAUACCAAACAUUGCAGACAUUGGCAUUGACGACUGGGAUAUCACGCUGACGAUCAACCUGCGGGCGGCAUUCAUCCUCAGCAAGCUGAGCAUCGAGCACAUGACGCAGCAGAAAUGGGGCCGCAUUAUCUACAUCGGCUCGCUGGCAGCGUACGGUGGAGGUAUCAACGGAUGUCACUAUGCGGCUAGUAAAGCUGGUCUGCAGGGCAUGAUGAGGAACUUGGCGAGGAAGCAUGCAAAGGACGGCAUCACCGUCAACGACGUAGCACCGGCCAUGAUCGGGGACACCGGCAUGAUUCCAGACGAGAAGACAGUCGAGGGCACGCCGGGUGAUGUGAAAAACAUUCCCGUAGGGAGGCUAGGGACGCCGCUGGAGGUCGCAAACCUGGUAACAACGUUGGUCAAGACGGGAUACAUGACAGGGCAAAGUCUGCUGCUCAGCGGAGGCUUGAUGUAG